AUGCACAUCAAACAAAUUAUCAUCCAGGGCUUCAAAAGCUACAAAGACCAAACCGUUAUCGAGCCGUUCUCGCCAGGGACCAAUGUCAUCGUCGGGCGUAACGGUUCGGGCAAGAGUAACUUCUUCGCCGCCAUUCGAUUCGUUCUCAGCGAUGCCUACACCAACAUGAGCCGGGAGGAGCGGCAGGCGCUGCUCCACGAAGGGUCCGGGUCUGCCGUCAUGUCCGCCUACGUCGAGAUCAUCUUCGACAACACGGAUAAGCGAUUCAGCGAGCCAGGCGACGAGGUCGUGAUCCGCCGGACAAUCGGCUUGAAGAAGGACGAAUACUCCGUCGACAGAAAGGUUCAGACUCGCGCCGACGUUCUCAAAAUUCUUGAAACCGCGGGGUUCGCCAAGGAGAACCCGUUCUACAUUGUCCCACAGGGCCGUAUCGCAGCCAUCACCAACAUGAAGGAGUCCGAGAGGUUAAAUCUGCUGAAGGAGAUUGCGGGCACGAACACCUACGACGACCGGAGGAUACAAUCGCUCAAGAUCAUGGCUGAGACGAACAGCAAACGCGAGAAGAUUGACGAGACCCUGGUGUACAUCGAGGAACGCCUGAGCGAAUUGGAGGAGGAAAAGGACGAACUGCGCGAUUUCCAAGAAAGGGACAGGGAGCGACGAUGCCUCGAGUACGCCCACUGGCACCGUCUACAAGCCAACAACGCCGAGGCUCUGGAGCAGAUCGAGGAGGUGCGGCAAGGCGGGGCGGGCGCGUCGACUAAGGACCGCGCGCAGCUUCAGCAGACGGAGAAAGAGAUUGGGGCGCUGGACCAAAAGUCACAUGAGCUCAAGCAGAACUUGGAGUUGCUUGUGAUGGAGCGGCAACAACUCGAUGACGAUCGCAAGGACGCCGCCCGAGCACGCGCCAAGGCCGAACUCAAGACGAAACAUCUGGACGAAACUAGGCACGCCCGGGAACAGGCACAGCAAAGACAAGAGCUGGAGUUGCAGGAUGUGCGGGCCAAGAUCAAGGCGGCCGAGUCAGAUAUCGCCGAGAUCACGCCCGAGUAUGAGGAGCGAAAGACGGAGGAGGCUGAGUUGAGACUGAAACGGGACGAGGCAGCCGCCGAGAAGAAACGCCUGCUCACAAAGCAGACUCGCAGCUCCCAGUUUAAGACCAAGGCGGAACGCGACAAGUACCUGCAGCAGGAAAUCACCGAUGCCACAGCCUCGUUGGGCAUGCAAAAGGCCAACGAGAUGGAUGCGCGCGAACAAGUAAAAUCUGUCGAGAAAUCGAUCGCACAGCUCGAGGAGGCCAUCCGGGAUAUCCGCGAGAAGAUCGAGGGCUACGGCGGGAACCGCGUGACACUCUCGGAGAAGCUGACCAAGGCUCAGGAGGCCCGGGAGCAGCUGCACGAGGAGCGGAAACGGUUGCGCCGUGAGGAGGACAGGCUGAGCUCACUCCUUUCCAACACGCGGACGGAGCGGGACCAGGCUGAGUCCUCGCUCUCGCACUCCAUGGACUCGGCCACCGCCAAAGGUCUCGCGUCGAUUCGGCGACUCAAGCGCGAGAGGGACAUUCCCGGGGCGUACGGGACGUUGGCGGAGCUGAUGAACGUCCCAGUCGAGGCGUACAAACUACCGGUCGAACAAGUGGCCGGCAACAGCCUAUUCCACUACGUCGUUGACAACGACAAGACGGCCACCAUGCUCUCCGAUCACCUCUACAAGUCAUACGGUGGGCGGUUGACGUUCAUGCCGCUCGAGCAACUGCGGCCGAGGCAGGUUAAGAUGCCCCGAGCGGCCGACGUGCAGCCGUUGAUCAGCAAGCUCGAGUAUGAGCCCGAGUUCGACAAGGCAUUCCAACAGGUCUUUGGCCGCACGAUCGUCUGCCCGAACCUAUCGAUCGCGUCCCAAUACGCCCGGUCGCACGGACUCGACGCGAUCACGCCAGAGGGUGACACGACGAACAAGCGGGGUGCAAUGACGGGCGGGUACGUCGAUGCGCGGCGAUCACGUCUCGACGCGGUGCAGCGGGUCGGCCAGGUGCGUAAGCUGUACGAGCAGCAGCUCGCAGACAUCGACAAAAUCCGCAAGGAGGUCGAGGUGGUCGACCAGCGGGUGACGAGCGCGAGCGGCGAGGAGCACAAGCUGGAGCAGCAGAUGCGGCAGUUUGAGAUGGGCUUUGAGCCGCUCAAGACGGAGCUGCGGACCAAGAACGCACAGCUGGACCGCGAGCGAGCGCACCUGGAGGCGGCCGUGGAGCGCCAGGCGCAGGUGGACCGCAACCUCAAGGAACUGGACGACUCGAUCGCGGUGUAUCAAGCCGAGAUGUCGCAGGAUUUCAAGAAGGCACUGUCGGCAGCUGAGGAAACCCAGCUGGCGCAGUUCACGGCCGAAUUGUACCAGCUUCAGCGGGAGCUCAAAGAGGUCAGCAAGAAACGGUUCGAGCUCGAGGGCCGCAAGAAGCUGCUCGAGACGGAACUGCAAAGUCACCUGCGGCCGCAGGAAGAUCAGCUGCGCAGCCAGGCCUUUGAGAACUCGACGGCGGGCGGCACUGAGAGCUACAAAGACGCGCAGCGGGAACUCAACAAAGCGCAGCGGGCCAUGGCCGAGGUGGAGCAGCAGCUGCAGGAGAACGAAGAGAAAGGGGAGAAGGUCGCGGGUGAUCUGGCCCGGCUCGAGGCGCGCAAGGCGGAGAGCGAGCAGGAGGUGCAGGAGCUGCAGAAGCGCAUCGACCAGCAUCAGAAGAAGAUGGAGAAGAAUAUCCAGAUGCGGGCCCGUCUCGUCAGCCAGGCGGCUGAGUACGCCAAGAAUAUCCGCGAUCUGGGUAUCCUGCCGGAGCAGGCGUUUGGCAAGUAUGAGAAGAUGAAGCCGGAGCAGAUCGAGUCAAAACUGCGCAAGGUCAACGAGGCGCUCAAGAAAUACAAGCACAUCAACAAGAAGGCCUUCGACCAGUACAACAGCUUCACGACACAGCGCGACCAGCUGCUCAAGCGGCGCAAGGAGCUCGACACCUCGCAGCAGUCGAUCGAGGCGCUGAUUGAGCACUUGGACCAGGAGAAGGACGAGGCGAUCGAGCGCACGUUCAAGCAGGUGUCGCGCGAGUUUGCGACCAUCUUCGAGAAGUUGGUACCCGCAGGCCACGGGCGGUUGGUCAUUCAGCGCAAGGCAGACCGUGGCGCUAGGAAGGGCGCCGCGGCGGCUGAAGAGUCGGAGGAUGAGGCGACGGGGGUGGAGAGCUACACGGGUGUUGGUAUCUCGGUGUCGUUCAACUCCAAGGUGAUGGACGAGCAGCAAAAGAUUCAGCAGCUCAGUGGUGGGCAGAAGAGUCUCUGCGCCCUCUGCCUAAUCUUCGCGCUCCAAGCGGCCGAAUCCAGUCCCUUCGUCAUCUUCGACGAGGUCGACGCCAACCUGGACGCCCAGUACCGCACGGCCGUGGCCGCGCUGCUGAUGAGCAUCUCGGAGGAGCAAAAGACGCAGUUCAUUUGCACAACCUUCCGGCCGGAGAUUGUGCACGUCGCGGACAAGUGCUACGGCGUGACGUUCCACAAUAAGACGAGUACUAUUGAUUGUGUGCCGACGGAGGAGGCGCUGCAUUUCGUGGAGGGGCAGAAGAAGUAG